AUGUAAACAAGAGGCUGAUCGCCGCACUCGAUUUUACCGUGCUGCUGCUUAUCGAGAAAGCUGUCGCGGCGAUUAGCCCCCAACACGCAAGACACGUGUGUUCGUGUUCGGUGAUUUUGUAGCUUAAAAUUUUUUUGAAUUUCAUUCGGCUUUCGGUUUCGAUUCGACUCGUCGUGAUGGGGAAGUACAAAAAUAAGAGGCAAUUAAAGCAAAGGUCAAGGUUGAGGAGCCGACUGGUCUUCCGAGUGUGAAGCAGGAAGGUGAAAAAGCAGGAGGACGAGGUUUGUCUGCCUGUGAGACCUUCAGCACAAACUACCCUGCCUGCUCUUGUGCAAGAGUUGACCCAAGGUUCUGAUGAUGGAAAAGUUCGGGCGCUGUUGGGCAUUUCGUGUUUGGAAAAAGUCAAGCUGGACAAGAAUACUCUCAGGUCCAUUGCACCUUUGCUCUGCGAUCCGUCCAACAAUGUUAAAGUAGCCGCUGCCAAUGCCCUCAGAAUGCUCGUCAUGAGCGGAGGAUCAAAGGUGGCCAACGAAAUGAUUGCGGACGACAUUGUGACUCCUUUAGAGACUGUGCUGAAUAAAACUUAUGCAGAACUUUUCUCAGGGAAAUCCUUAGUGGAGGACGAUGUUAAAAAAGAAAUUCUCAUUUCUGCCAUCAAAUUACUCUGGACCCUAAGUGAGAACAGUGAGAUGGCCGUGCAAUUUGCAUCAAGACCUAAAACCAUGAACGUUUUGAUAAGUUCUGCUGAAUGUUCGGACAAUGGUCUUGCACUUUCUGCUGUCCAAUGCCUGCAAACAAUCUCUGAGGACAACACAUCAGUCAUUACUCAACUCUCUAAGAGGCAAGAUCACAUGCUUAGUGUAUUGAUUCAAGAGAGUGAUGCGCCAGAAAUCAUCCAGUUGCAAACAAUUUUUGCAAGUUUAUUGGUUAACAUUCAUAAUGGACUUAUUAGCCGAGUUUUGCCUGCCACUCUGAUAGCAGUUGUUGCGACUCUGACUAAUUGCCUCAAGAAAAAUACAAUUGCUCAGUUGGAGUCAUCAAGUAGCAUUGGCAAGGGAGAAGAAAUGGACCAAGACAUCGGUGGAGAAAUGGACAAUGACGAAGAUGACAAGAGUGAAGCUGAAGCUCAAAAUAGCUCAAAGGGAUCCUCGAAUGAGCUUUAUGUCAAGCAGAUUUACAGCAUUGGCCUGCUGAUAGACGCCCAGGUGUGCGCCCUUGAGACAUUGGCCAACAUUUGCACUAAUGAUGAUGAUGAUGAAGCGAUGGAAUUGUCAGAAAGUAGUGAAGAGGCAUUCAGCGAGACUGAACUGGAGGAAGAGCUAAGCAGCAACUUCCAAUCUCUCAGUCUUCCUCCCACCCUUCCGCCAGAGGUGGUCGAAACUAUCCUGAAGAGCGAGGUGUUGGCCUUGAUUAUGGAAAAGGCAAAACCUCUGCCUUCGGAACUGAUCUCCAACCUUGGUCCCUUUGUAGAGGAGGAAGACAUCCCAAACCGGCUGAGGCGAGUGCAGACAAGGGCCCUCCUUUGCCUACACAACCUGGUGAGGGGGCUGCCCCUUGAAGGCCUGGGAGGAGCCCAGCAGCUGCAAAAUACUUGGAAGUCAUUGGCCCUCAAAAUUGUCACAGAGUGGAACAAUGACCCUGAGCUGCUUGAAGCCGCCAGUACAACCCUGAGGGCACUCUCAACUAGAUUGGCAGAGGAGAAAAGUGGCACAAAAUUGAUUGAGGAGAUUUCCUCCACAGACCUAGUCAGUCUGUGCCAGCUGGCUGAACAGAGCCAGGAUACAAGUGUCCGGAUAAACAUUUUCAGGGUUCUGUCCAGUAUCUCUGCCAUAGCCAGUGACAACUACUCAGACAAAACCUCACCUUUAAUUUUGACUGCAGGUAGAUUCCUGCUUGAACAGAGUGGAAAAGAGACAGACAUUGUGGUUGUAGCCGAAGCUCUGGACGCCUUGAUGGACGCCCUCUCUGAAGACUGCACUGACGGAGCGUGUGCGGAAAUGCAACUGGUGCAACGCCUCCAGUCCAUGCUGCCUUCUCUACAACACAAGAUUCGAAGCCAGAGAACAAAAAUGCCGGUUGGAAAUCCUGUUGUGAAGACAGUAAAAUCAAAUUUGACAAGAUUCAUCAAAUAUAAAGCCAAACGUUGUAUUUGAUUGUUUAUGUAUCAUAUGUAUCAAGCAAUCAUAAUUAAAACUAAAAUUUAAAUUGA